AUGGUUGAAAAAGACACUAUGAUUUACAGAAACCUCGGAAACUCUGGACUCAAGGUUUCAGCUAUUGGCUUUGGAAAUUGGCUCACAGGCCACAACAUGGAAAUAGAAGAGGCCCAAUUCCAAUGCUUCCAAAAGUCAAUUGAUGCAGGAAUCAAUUUCUUCGACACUGCAGAAAUUUACGGAUCUGGAAAUGCUGAAACAGUAUUCGGAAACAUCCUUAAGAGAGGUGACUGGGACCGUGAAAAGUUAGUCAUAUCAACCAAGUUUAUUAGAUGUGGAAACAAGGUCGGGUUGUCUCGCAAAAGGCUGGUUCAGGGCAUGAGAAAUUCUCUCAAAAGACUUCAACUAGACUAUGUCGAUGUCAUGUUCUUGCACAGGUAUGACCAAGAAGUCCCAUUAGAAGAAACCAUCAGAGCAGUCAAUCACUUGAUUGAAAAAGGAAAAGCUGACUAUUGGGGAACUUCUGAGUUCACAGCUCAAGAAAUCCAAGAGUGCCACAAGAUCUGCGAGAAAUACGGAUUCAUCGCCCCAGUUGCAGACCAAUGCCAAUAUAACUUAAUUGUAAGAGAUAAGGUCGAAGUUGAGUUCGUCCCUCUCUAUGAGAAAUACGGAAUGGGGACAACAAUUUGGAGUCCUCUAAUGGGAGGAAUUUUGUCAGGAAAAUACAACAACUUGGAGUUCCCUGAAGGAAGCAGACUGGCUGACCCUAGCUUGACCCCAAUGAUGAAGAAAAUCUAUGAGGGCUACUUUUUGCCUGAAAACAGAGAAAAGACUGGGAAAAUGUUGAAUGGUCUUGGAGCAAUUGCUGCAGAGUUAGGAUGUUCACAAUCACAAUUGGCACUGGCUUGGUGUGUGAAGAACAACGAUGUAAGCACUGCAAUUUUCGGAGCAACAAGACCUGCACAAGUUGAAGACAAUGUUGGAGCAAUUGAUCUCUUAUCAAGAUUGACUCCUGAACUUUUGGCAAGGAUUGAAGAGCUUUUUGGAACUAGACCAACCCCUCCUAUCAACUGGAGAAACUGGACACCACUGCCUGCAAGAAGAUAA